CCAAUGCAAACCCCGUAAACGAGAAGAAGGAAGAGAGAGAAGAGGCCCCCUCCACUCUCUCUCCUGAAACCCUAGCCUUGAUUUUCCCAUAUUUGAGCUCCACAUUUGUAUGCAUCAAAUCUCUAAUUCUUUUUUGGACAAGAACUCUAAUUUCUCUGCUUCAAACCCGCAAUUCAUCUGCUUCAGAAGAGCCUGAUUUCUUCUCAUCAAAACGCUACUACUCAGAUUUUAGGCUCUGGUCAAGAUGAACGACCUUUUAACGGAUUCCUUUGAGGUCCCUAGGAAACCCCAAAGGGAGCCAGAUAUUGAAAUGGGAAUGCAAGUUCCAGCUAAUGCCUCAGAUUUGGGAAUGGAAGAUUUCUUCAAACAGGUACGAGAGAUUGAGAAGCAAAUCGAUAAGAUCGCUAAGCUGUUGCAGAAACUUCAGGAAGCCAAUGAGGAGACCAAGUCAGUCACCAAAGCUUCUGCUAUGAAAUCAAUUAAGCAGAGAAUGGAGAAAGAUGUGGAUGAAGUGGGAAGAAUAGCACGUAAUAUUAAAUCGAAGCUUGAAGAACUAGACAAAGAUAACUUAGCCAACAGGCAGAGGCCUGGAUGUGGGAAGGGAACUGGUGUGGACCGUUCAAGAACAGCCAUGACUGUGUCCUUGAAGAAGAAGUUGAAGGACAAGAUGACUGACUUCCAGACUCUGAGGCAAAACAUCCACGAAGAAUAUCGCGAGGUUGUUGAGAGAAGGGUCUUUACAGUGACUGGUACCAGAGCUGAUGAAGAGACAAUUGAUCAUCUGAUAGAGACCGGAAACAGUGAGCAGAUCUUCCAAAAAGCAAUUCAAGAACAUGGUGGGCGAGGCCAGAUAAUGGAUACACUUGCAGAAAUUCAGGAGCGGCAUGAUGCAGUAAGAGAUCUAGAGAAAAAGCUUCUAGACUUGCAUCAGGUUUUCUUAGAUAUGGCGGUACUAGUUGAAGCGCAAGGAGAAAUGUUGGAUAAUAUUGAGACUCAGGUAACCAAUGCAGUGGACCAUGUCCAGUCAGGUACCGUUGCUCUUCAGAAAGCAAAGCGUCUUCAGAGGAACUCUCGCAAAUGGAUGUGUAUCGCCAUCAUCAUUCUCCUCAUUAUUGUUGCGAUCGUUGUUGUUGGGGUCCUCAAACCAUGGAACAGCAGCAAGAGUUCAUAGUCCUCUCGUCUCUCACUAUUUUGGUGUUAAUAUUUUUUUUCCCUCUCUCACACACAUGCACACAUCAAUCUUUCCUGUUUAUUCUUCUGUUGGGUUAAGUUUGAAACCCUGAGCUCCCACUCAGGUUGGCACCUGAAGCUCUCUCUCUCCCCCUCUCUCUCUCCUCUCUCUUUCUCUCCUCUCUCUUUCUCUCUUGAGGGGGUCAGGGGACAAGUAUCAAUGAUUAUGGCGGCUUGUAAUUUGCUUUAUUUUUAUUUUGUUUAUGAGAAGGUCAUUCUGUUUGAUUAUUUCC